AUGACUAUCGGUUACUUCCGGAUCGUUCACCAAUCGUCGUGCAGAUAUUUCACGCGACCUGCUCCGAAUGAAAACCUCGAGCAAGUCGAAGAACAGAAGUGGUUCAACGCCGCCUCCUUCACUGGCAGGAGGGAAGGUACCCGCGGGAGUAUGGAGAAUAAAACACUACGUAGCAGGCCCCACCCAACCUUGCUUCCCGCACCCCAGUUUUUAGUGGACGGCCGACCGCCACUUGGCGAUAGGUCUCAUCAUCGAGCUGCAAAGCUACGAAUUUGGGUGGACAUUUCCGACCAAUAUUCGUUGAGUUUUGUGCAUCCCGUUGUGAAGGUCGAUGGAUCUAAAUCGAUCAAACGCAUUGGGAAGGAGCAUGACCUUGGAGGAAAGAAGAGAACCAACGUUCAGUCAAUCGAGGAGGAUCAGUUGCACAUCGUUAUUACCUGA